AGCAGCCUGCCCUAGCAGGCCCGCCUGCAGCGGGCGCGCACCACGGAGCAGGCCCCCCGGCAGCAGGCGCGCAUGGUGGAGCAGGCCCGCCAGCCUGAUGGAGCGGCAGCGCGCGUGCUGCCCAGACCCGCGAGCAGCAGGCGCCUCGGGCCUCUGUCCAGGACCGCCUCCGCUGGCGCGAUCAGGCAGCCCGCCCAGCAGUCGCUGUCACCGGGGCGCCCAGCGAGUGCUCUCGCGGGAGGCUCGGCCUCAGGCGUGCGGUGGGAGCUGCCGACGGCACCCACGCAGCCCGCGCCACCGCGCCCCGCCGAAGGGGCCGCUGCCGUGCGCCCGGCCAGCAGCUCCGGCAGCAUGGCGAGAGCCGCCGCCGCGCCCCUGGCGAGCAGUUCAGCGGCGUCCUACGCGGGCCGGCCGGGGACGGCGGUGAGCAGCCUCGGCAGCGCGAGCAGCAUUGGCGGAGCGAGUUUCAGCGAGGUCCAGCCAGCAAAGGUCGUCUUCACCGCCGAGCAGAGGCAGAGGAAGCCAGCGCCUGCCGCAGCCUCGCUGCCCGGGCGUCCCGCGACCGCGGGCACCCGCGCCGACGACGCGGCGCUCGCACUGCUGCCCACUGCCGCGGAUGCCCAGCUCGACGUCGCGCAGCGGGCGCCCCUCGACCCGUUCGCCUGCACCCUGCCUUUCUACCGCGAGGAGACCCCCCUCGAGGCCGCGCGGGCGCCCUUCGACUCGCUCGCCUUCAAGAGGGAGCUGUCCGAGCACGUGCUGGCGCAGGUGGGGGAGGUCUGCCACGCGGCGCUGGGGAGCCUGCGCGCGGAGGUGACCGAGCACCUGCGCGGCCUGCAGAAGCUCCAGGGUGCCGCCAGCGCGGUCAUCGCCGACGUGCAGACGGCGUCCAAGGUGGUCUUGGACACCGCGACCGCGGCAGCGAGGACGAGUGGCGCCGACGCGGCGCUGCCGCUCGCCUGCUCUGGAGGCCGCGCCGACGGCUGCCGCUGCUUGCCGGCGGCGUCGGGCGACGUGGCUUGCUCUGGAGGCCGCGCCGACGGCGAGGGCCACGGCGGAUCCGGCAGCUUCCCUGCCCGCGGCGGGCCACACGCCACGGGCCACGCGGAGCUGUCUGAGCUGCUGCAGGCGGUGGCGGCCUGCCAGGCCGCUUUGGACGGCUUCGAGGUCCGGCAGGUGACACGCGAGACAGAGGCGCAGAGGGCGCUGCGGGAGCUCCGGGACGCGCAGCGCGAGCACGGCGCGGUGGUGGCAGAGCUCUCGGGCGCCCUGCGGGACGCUCGCGACGCCUCGGCCGGGGGCCUCGCUGCGCCACCCGCGGCGACGCUGCGGCCACAGCAGACCCCGCUCUCCCCCACCGCCGCGGAGCUCCUCGAGGAGCUCCGGCGGCACUCGGACGCCCUGGGCCUCCUGCCGCGCGUGCUGCAGGAGAUCGCGCGGGACGUGUCCCAGGUGCUCGAGCAGGUACGGGUGCAGGGCGCGAGGGAGUCCGAUCUCCUCGACCUCCUGGAGGAGGUCCGCGCGGCCGCGCCGCCAGAAGAGCUGGUGCCGCUGCUCAGGGAGCUGUGCGCUGGAGGAGCGCAAGCUGCUGGCGGAUCACGCGGCAGGCCAGCAUCGGCGCUCGAGGCUGUCAGCCCCAGUCUGCCAUCGGCGCCGGACUUCUCGCCUGUGCUGGAGGAGAUUCGGCGCGCCAGCGCGCAGCUGGUGACCCAGGAGGUUCUGCACGAGCAGGCGGGGGCGGGGACGUCCAGAAGAUGCCCGUGGUGCAGCUAAGAGGUGUCCCAGGAGAUCCUGCGCGAGGUCCAGCGCCUGGGGCAGCUGCAGGCCAGCUGGCUCUGACCGCGCCCCCGGCGGGCCGCCGCGCGCGACGGACCCCGCCUGCCGCGCUGCUCCCUUUUGGAGAGCCCGGCAGAAGGCCAUCACAUCGCCCUUGCUGGUGCCGCCGCCGCUCGCCAGGAAGCCGGCGCCGAGGAAGGAAAAGCGUCAUAAGCAUACAAGUUUUGGCUGCUCCCUUUUGGAGAGCCCG